AUGACGUCGAGUAAGUCCAGACAAGACUAUAUUGCUAAAGUCCGUUACCAAAACGAUCUACCUGCUCCACCAUGCCCUCCUAAGCUACUGAAAUAUGAAAUCGAAAAAGAGGCCCCUCAAAAAGAGUUUUUGAAAGACAGUAGAUUGUUAUCGGCACUGUUUAGCAAAGACAAUUUUAGAUAUCUCAUGAAUGAAACCAGCGAUGGAUUAGAUGUCAACUACCUACGCAUCCCUGGGAUUAUCGAAAAUGAAAAAUCUUUAGGCAAACUUUUCUCAUCAUAUAAGAAUCUUGCUAUAGAAAAUCUUCAUCCAGACGACCGACUACUACUGGUCGAUCCCAACAAAAGUGCUACUUUAAACGAGGAAUCACCUGUUUUUUUCUUACGUAGACCACAAUAUGUCAGUGAUGGAGAAAAAAUAAAUUUGCAGAAUUUUACAAACAAGAGAAAGCAUCAGGAUAUGGAAGACACCAAUCCUAGAUCGCAGUUACACUCUGUUGAAAGAACAUUUGACGAAGUUAUUGACCCCAGAAAUAAGAAUCGCCUUCAGAGCUUGAUUCAUCCAAGAAAAAAGAUCAAAGCAGUUAAGGCUUGGCACUUUUUUCCUGAUACCUCUACAUUUGAUCAAGUCUUUCAUUCACUAAAGUUUGUUGGUUCGGCCUCUCUUUCCAAAGAUAGGCCCCUUAAUGAACAAUUGGGACAGGUCUCCGAAACUGAUUCUACUUCUGUCAAUGCCUCAAUUCUCACCUCUUUAUUCAAACCUAUUGAAAUCAAUCCCCAUAACAAAUGGAUAUCUCUCUAUGCAGUUACUGACAAAUUAUCGGCGGAGAGUUUUAGAAAGAGCUUUAAUUCAAUCAAGGAUGACAAUAUUGUAAAUCGGCACGUAAUUUAUGACCAUAUCAAAGAUUUUGAUCAGAUGUUUCGUGGCCAUAAGAAAUUAUUCGAAGAUUUUGCUAUUAGCUUUGAUGACAUCUCGGACAGAGCUUUUUUCGUACCUAUCGUAGGUCGCUUGGAAUUGAAAAAGAAAAGGAUAGUUCCAGGACUGGUAGAUAUGGUAAACAGAACCAACUAUGCCCAUAUCCGUAUGGAUUUAAGAAAUCCUAGUACUCAAGAGACAGCGAUCAGAGAUUCAAGACGAGAACAAUACGAUCCUGUUAAUUACUCCUCUAUUCAAGAGGAAUAA